AUGACGGUGAAGGGUGGAGUAGUUGGCGGCGGAAAUGAGAAGAAGAAGGAGAAGAAGAAAAGCAGCAAGAACAACAAGUUUCUGGUGAUAGUGAACGUGCUGGGGAGCACGGGGCCGAUAAGGUUGGUGGUGAAGGAGGACGACGCCGUCGCCGCCGUCAUCGAGUCCACUCUCAGGGCCUACGCUAAAGAAGGCAGGCUGCCGGGACUUGGCUCCGACGUUACUGACUUCGUUCUCUAUUCGGCCGGCGAUCAGGGCUCUGACUCCCAAGCGCUGGAGCUCGGGGAAGCAAUAGGAAGGAGCGGAGGGAGGAACUUUGUGCUGUGCAAGAACCAGCGGCAACCGCAGAUGACGGAAGGGAGGCCGGAGAUGGUGGCGGCUGCAGCACGGCGGCGAAAGACUUAUUCCUCCGGCUGGAAGGCAUGGUUUCACAAGUCUUUCCCUACUUUCAAGUUUUAA